AUGACGGGCAGGCCGUUGUUGACCUCGUCCUCUGUGAGCAGGUCCGGAUACGUGACGGAAACCGGGUUGUUGAGCAGGGCUCUGCAGGCCAAACCGGCACUGGACCCAAUUGAAGCAGGGAUCACUGCCCAGCAGAUGGCCCCCAUCAUGUAUCCUUGGAACACGUCCUUGGUGUUUGCGGCGAUGGCCCGUUGGGAGUAG